AUGUAUCGCCUCAUCGGUAGUAGAACAACAGCCAUUAGAAGAGUUGUUGCAACAUGUAAUUCAAGAACUAGCAUACACACAUCGUCAAUAAUAUUAAAUAAACAGAAACAUGUUAAACCUCCACGGUCUAACAAAGUAUUAACUAUACCCAAUGCUUUAACAAUUUCAAGAAUAGCAGCAACACCAUUUAUUGGGCAUUUCAUCAUAACAAACAAUUUGACUCCAGCACUUGGUAUAUUUGCAUACUGCUGUGUAACGGACUUCCUUGAUGGUUAUAUAGCAAGAAAAUACAAUUUGGGGUCUAUGGCUGGUACGAUCUUAGAUCCGAUGGCUGAUAAACUAUUAAUGCUUGUUACUACCGUGGCAAUGACUAUACCUUCUGGCCCUGCAAUUAUUCCUUUACCACUUGCAUUCGUGAUUAUAGGGAGAGAUUUUGGAUUAGCCGUGACUGCAUUUAUAUUAAGAUACACAUCAUUGAAAAAAGUUUACAAAGGGGUUACUUGGAACUCAUACUGGAACUUUUUCAAAUACCCCAGCGCUAAGGUGAAACCAUCUCAAAUUUCUAAAUGGAAUACUUUCUUACAGAUGAUAUAUCUAGGACUAGGUGUCGUAGUGUUAAUAAAAGACGACAAAACAGACAUAGAAGCUGAAGAAAACGACGAGGAAGAUAAGGAUAAUAAUGUAUUACUGGCUAGUUUUAAAUGGUUAGGAUUCAUCGUGGGUGGGACUACUGUAUUAAGUGGUGCAUCCUAUGCUCUGAGCAGAAAUGCAGUUAAAUUCCUCAAGAUAUAA